AUGGCUGUGCUUGGCUGUCUCAAAGAGAGCAGAAUCCGUUUCUAUAUUUUGAUAACUGCAUUGCUGUACGUCGGUUCCACAUUCUCACAGAAGGUCCAAGUACACUUCCACGGAGCGACGGUCUUGUCCUGGAAAGUGGCGGGAAAAGAUGUCCUGUUCCAGAGUAGGGAGGCGAUAUAUGACAACCAGGCACCCAUCAGAGCAGGAAUCCCGAUUGCGUUUCCCCACUUUGGUCAGUGGGAGGCCGGUCCGACUCACGGGUUCGCCAGGACGUCCCGGUGGACAUUGGAGGAGGGUCCACAAAAGGAUUCCAAUGGGAACGCCACAGCGGUCUACAGCCUGGUUGACAAUGAGGAGACCAGACAACUCUGGAACCACAAGUUCAAGUUAACUUACGCCUUGGUGUUCGGAGACACGGCGUUUAAAACCACUCUUAAGGUGAAAAAUACUGGAGAGAGCACCUUCAAUUUUACCACAUUACUGCACAAUUACUUCCGGGUCGACGACAUUAGGUCAGUGACUGUUUCCGGUAUGCAAGGUUUGGAGUACAUAGACAAGACUCGAGACUUCCAGAGGUUCACAGAAAGCCGCGAACUGUUGACUGUAGGAGAGUUUGUAGACUCUGUGUACGGCAACACACCUUCUAGUCACAUCAUCAAAGGUAUAAACGGCGGCCGCACGCUUCACAUGGAGAAAGAGAACUUCCCAGACACGGUGGUGUGGAACCCGUGGGAGACCAUGAGCCCAAACUUCCCGGACCUUGGGAACGAGGAGUACCUCUCGUUCGUUUGCGUGGAGGCAGGUCACGUGGUCACCCCCGUCACGCUGAUGCCAGGAGAAGAGUUCACAGCUGUCCAGACGCUGACGUUAUAGGGCAGACUAAAAACAAACACUUUUACAGAUACUUUCA